AUGGCCGUUUAUAAGCCUGCCAGAAGGGGAGCACCUUACAAGAACCGUACUGUCAAGCGCAAGGAUCUUGACACAGAGCUUCGACUAUUGGUCUGCUUUCAUAGCAGCCGUAAUAUUCCUACUAUGAUCAAUCUUGUGGAGUGCUCCCGAGGAACACGAAAGCGAGGACGCCUCUGCGUGUAUGCAAUGCACCUCAUGGAACUUUCAGAGCGAUCAUCUGCCAUCUCAAUGGUUCAUAAAGCCCGUAAAAAUGGACUUCCUUUUUGGAACAAGAAACCUGAGGAUAAAGAUCAAAUGGUGAUUGCUUUUGAAGCCUAUCAACAACUCAGUAGUGUCACCAUCCGUCCCAUGACUGCCAUCUCCGCUCUCAACACUAUUCAUGAGGACAUUUGCACCAGUGCACACCAAAAGCGUGCUGCCAUGAUUCUCCUCCCAUUCCAUAAGCACCAAAGGGUGGAUGGAAGCUUGGAGUCUUUGGGACACUCGCUGCGUGAGGUGAACCAACGCGUCCUCCGUCAUUCUCCAUGUUCUGUUGGUAUUCUCGUUGAUCGUGGUUUUGGAGGCACCACCCAAGUCUUGGCCAGUGAUGUAUCCUACAAUAUUGUAGUCCCUUUCUUUGGAGGACAUGACGACGUGGAAGCUCUUGCCUAUGGGAUGAGAAUGGCGGAGCACCCUGGAAUCAUGGUUACUGUCCUUAAGUUCGUGGCCCCAUCAGGGAAGACACUAUUGACCUUACAUGGUCAAGAUACUAGUGUGAUCAAGGUUGGGAAUGAUAACAAUUCUGACAAAGAGGCUGAUUGCGAGCUCUUCUUCUCCGAACUCAUCCAGCAUGCUGCAAAAAACCUGCAAGAUUCAGUGAGACAUGUAGAAAGAGUGGUAGAGAGUAAGGCAGACAUUGUUGCAGCAUUAAAAUCAAUGAGCAAAAACAAUCUCUUCUUGGUAGGAAGAAUGCCACCAAUAGCUCCUAAUUCGCUGCCCUCAACCGACACUCCAGAACUAGGUCCUGUUGGAAGCUUUUUAGCAUCUUCCAACUUCUCCAAUACAGCGUCAGUUUUGGUGAUUCAGCACUUCAAUCCAAAUGCCAUCCUUCAUCCGCUGGUGGAGGAAAAAGAAGACAGAGACAUGGAUGACAUCCCAGAUACACCAGUUACAAAGGACACAUUAAUGUGGUAA